AUGAGUGCAUCCGCGUCGGCCGUCUCGGACGAGCCAGCUCGGCUCGAUAGUCCGUGCUCCUGCAGCAAGGCAGGAGAUCAUGACCAGGCACAAUGCCACGGAGACAACCAAAGUACGAACGCACAGAAUGUGCCAGACGCGGUAACCGCAGCCGAUUCCGAUCAUUUCGGCAGCCAAUCAGGCCAGCUCAAAGAAUCGCCGCCCUCCGCACUUACAAACGGCGAGCCAUGCUCCGCGACAGCGGAAACAGUGACGAUCGGCGACUCCGAGGCGCACUGUAGCACGGACUCCGCAGCCCGCGAAUUAGGGACUGCAGCGACGGCGGAAAAGGUCACCGCAGCGGGUGGGGGGGCGGAAGGUGUUGCGCAGAGUGCAGGGAGUAAGGAGGCUGAUGGGGGUGCGGGGAGCGCAGAAGCGGGGGACGCGGUGAGCGGAAUGACAGGCGCAAGCGGGCGGGAAAGCGAGGCGCAAUCCGCGGACCGAGUAGUAGAAUCCGAUGCCGUCGCCUCUGAUGCGGCCGCUGCCGCUGCUGCGGCUGCGAUUGCCGCGUCGCUCGCAGCAGCAGCACCCGCCACAACAACCAACGACGCCGCACCUGCCGCAACAGUCCCCGUCAUUUCCGCCGAUAGUAACGCAACCUCGUCCGACGGCAAACCUCCCACUGCUGGCGGCUCCUCCGCUUCCGCCGCCUCCGCUUCACCCGCGUCGAGCAGUUCCCGCGCGGCCGUCUCCUCGCGGAGCUCGUCGCGGCCUGGCUCGCGACCCGGCUCGCGACCGUCGUCGCGUCCGUCGUCGCGGUCGUCGUCGCCCGCUCCCGACGAGCCCGUGGUGUGUCGCGUGGCGUGCAUGUCGUCGGCGGGGCAGCAGGACGGGUUUCACAAGACGAACCAGGACGCGUACUGUUUCAUGCGCACGAAAGACAAAAAAUCGCUCAUUUUUGGUGUGUUUGAUGGCCAUGGGCCACAAGGACAUGACGUUUCCAAGUUUAUCAAGGAACGGCUUCCAGAGAUUCUAAUGGACGGCUCAGAUCUUCUCGUGGACCCAGAGAAGGCCCUAACGGAUGGCUUUUUGGCGGUUCACGAUGCAGCACUUGAGGAGACCUCGUUCAACUGCAACAUAAGUGGUACGACAGCGGUGGUGGCUCACCUGUACAAGCAGCGGCUGGCUGUGGCAUGGGUGGGGGACUCGAGGGCUGUGCUGGCACGGAGACGAGAGGGCGGAGAGCGGGAUGACCUGGCGGCAGUGCGGCUGUCAGCGGACCACAAGCCAAACAACGAGGAGGAGAGGGCGAGGAUAGAGGCCAGUGAAGGCAGCGUGCAGCAGGAUGUGGACGAGAAUGGGGACGAUGUGGGCCCGUUCCGAGUGUGGAUGAAGACGGGUCCUAUGCUGGGCCUGGCCAUGAGUCGCAGCCUGGGGGAUAAACUAGCGCACACCGUUGGGGUCUCCGCCACCCCUGAGGUGGUCGUGCGGCGUCUCGACCAAUCAGACGCCUUCCUGGUGCUGGGGUCAGACGGCCUGUGGGAGUAUGUGGGGGAUGACGAGGUGAUAGGGGUGGUGGUGGGGGCGGGGAGCAUAGAGGCGGGAGUGAAGGCGCUGCUGGCCUUGGCCAAGGAACGGUGGCUCAAGAGAGAUGGGGCGGGGUAUGUUGAUGAUAUCACUGCUCUGGUCGUGGGGUUCACACACAGGAAGGUGUAG